AACGACAAGAUUUUUAUGGCUUCAAGUUCAAUAUUACAAUUGCUCUGUCCAUGUAUAACAAACGAAGAUGAUUAUGAUCAACCUGAAGUGAUUUCUCGUUACGAUGGCGAAAGAAAUGUUUUUGGACAGAAACAUGGUUACGGUGAAUAUCAUUUCAACAAUGGUGACCUUUAUCAAGGAUGUUGGAAAUCUGAUAAGAUGCAUGGCUCGGGUGUUUAUACAUAUUCCUCCGGUAAAAAGGCUGAAGGUUUUUUUCAAGAAGGAAAAUUUAUUGGAAAGCAGCCACAAGUUUAUGAUCCAGAUGAUGUUUCACCGCUACCAGACCCUGAAAACAUUCCAAGAGAAGAACAGAUACGUCGACAACGGACAUCAGAAGAAAAUGAACGAAAAAGGAUCGAGCGAGAGGAAAGACGAAAACGCACGAAAGAAAGACAAGAAAAAUGGAGAAACAAAUAUGGCACAAUACAAGCAAAAUAACCAUGUACAGAGAAAAUAUCUUUAUGCAUGGCAUGUCUGUAUAUGUGUGUUAAAAUAAUAUUUAUUAAAUUGCAGCUGAACUGAGAUCAUGACGUCAUAAAGCAUCUCGACAAAACUGAG